AUGCCUGCCGAGCCAGUUCCGCAGCCGUGCGAGGUCUGCGGCGUCGAGACGACCUCGAAGUGCGCCGCGUGCGAGUCGGCGGGCAUCUCGCUCUUCUUCUGCUCCCGUGACCACCAGAAGCUCGUGUGGCCGGCGCACAAGCUCGUCUGCGGGCCGGGCAAGGCCCUCCCGUUCGCGAUGCUCCCUCUUCUCGACAGCGACAUUGCGCAGGUCAAGAAGCUCCUGGACAAGUCGUCAGCCUCAAGUCUGGCUAAGAGCUUCCGCGCUGCGCUAGAGGAGCUCGGUCAGGCUCCAGCCGAGGCAGUUCUCGAGAGCAUCAACGGCGACGUCUACGACAUUCGCCGGCUCCCGCACAAGCCCUUCAUCGUGUGCCUGGUCCGCAGUAUCCUGUGGCAGCUCGCGGGACCAGAGGUCGUCGAUGCUGUGGGCCCGCACCUUUACUCUAUCGCUGUGAACGACGAGGAUCGCAAGACAUUCAACGUCGACGUCGCGUCCGGGCUCUGCGCCAGUCUCCUCUCGGGAAUGUGCGCCGACCUCAGGCGGGCGCGCGUCUUGCCGCUCGACUACAGCCGCGCGACGUGGUUCAGCCUCUUCCAGCACAAGCUCUUCUUCAUCUGCCGGCUCGGACAGCUCGUGUCCCGCCGGCCUCACGAUGUCGAGGCGAAUGCGCACUACCGCGGCGCCAAGGAGCGCACCAAUGCCUGGCUCUGGUCGGGCAUGGGCACCGGCGAAGCGAUCUUCUCGACCAUCGGUGGCAAGUCGCAGAUCGUGCACGAGGUCGAGACGUACGAGAGGCCCCAGUAA